UUGGACGCGGCUAACUUAAUGUUUGUGCAACGUAGUGAAGACAGUCUCAUUUUCAUUCCUUCAAAAUCUCAUUCUACUACAUUUCAGUUUGAGUUUUUAGGUCCUUCUGAUCACACUUGUGCUAAUAUUAAUUCUUCCUAAUCACCACCACUAAAUUUAAUUAAAUUCUGUGUGCUUAUUAAAUAACUGCUGUCUUCUCGCUUACUUUCCUACCAUACGACUUACCUUCAAACUUUGCGCGAACCGUUACUGAUAUUUGACCAUUAAGAGACCUACUCGUUGGAUGGUUAUACGUAUCUGUUUAUUGCGGAUCACGAAUGUAGGUGAUCUUUGCUGGUGAUCAAAGGUUCCUCGAAUCAGUCACCACGGUUGAAACUUAACCCUGAUUAUUCUAUCUUGAUACUCAGGAGAACGUCAACAGCAUAUAUUAAUAUUAAAAGUUAGUAGAUAUGCAGUGUGGAACCAUCGCCUCAUAUGCCUGUUCAUGGCUCCCUGAUGAGUGUCGACAAGCUGCUCAACAUUCAUUGUUGUGUCUCCCGUGUGAUUUGGCUGAGGCUCGGCAAUAUUUCACUGGGCCUACAAGUGACCGAGUUCAGCUUCGUCGUAAUAUGUACGAUCGAACUUCCUUUGAUAAUGCUAUUACUCUGAUGAGUUUCCGGAAUGUUUAAAUAAGGUCAAACCAAACGUCUUACCCAAAUGAUUGAGUCUCAUAGUUUCACUGUGACAAAAAUCCUUUCUAAAGCCGCAUUAAGUCGUCUUCCUCUCAUAAUUUCGACUGUUGUUUUGUGUUACCUGCUUUCUAAAAGGCUUUCGAUGUUCUGAGUUAAAAGUAUUUACUAUUAGUUGAGAAUCCAAUUCGCCGCUGACCUCUUGACUUAGGUUAUGGUUUCCCUAUAAUUUCUUCCGUGUUAAUAGAUUCAUACCUACGGUUAACUGUUCUGCGUCUGUUAUUCCUUAUCGAAAGCCCCAUAAAGUCUGUUAUUUCAACCUGUUUCAUAAAGUGCUAAAGGAUAAUAGUAUAGCUGUUUCUAUGGAGGUUGAUGCAACGUUAAUAUGGUGCUAUCCUGGAAAAAACAAAUUUAUGGAACUUUGCUAUAAAAAAAUCUUAUGCAAAUACGAAGUGAAGACUCUUCGUCUAAAAAAAGUAUAUGUGAUGUGGAAAUAAAUUCAUUCGUAUGAUGCAACUUUGAAUACAGAAUUGAUAGAUGAAUACCUUAAAAACAUGCUUGAUGUUUAAAAUUUGAUUAUUCUUGGGAAUUAAUUAAUGGUCACUGAACGGACAGCUCACGUCAUUGUACUCGGUGAUCUUUCACGAUCACCCAGAAUCUUGUCCCAAGCACAAUUUCUCUCUCGUGAUGGUUGGAAUGUAACUAUAUCAGGAUACAAGUCUGAAAUGUAUGUUCGAUUUUGUUCUAAACAUUGUCGAAGUCGUCUAAUUUUGGUUCAAAAUCCUCCUGGAGUACCAACUUUUCUCAUCGUAUGGUUAUUUAUCAAGAUUACCGGUAGAAGUUUAGUUAUUGACUGGCAUAACUAUGGCUACACUCUUGUAGAGCUAAACGCUCCUAAGAAAAGUUUUUUCACGCGGUUGUACUACAUAUUAGAAGUUGAUUUUGCUGGUUGCUUUUUAUCCAGAAUGUCCAAUCGUGUUGCGCAUUUAUGCGUAUCAAAGGCUUUAAAGUAUGAUCUGAAAAAGAAAUCAAUUGAGGGAACUGUUUAUUAUGAUCGUCAUCCAGAAGAAUUCAAACCUACAUCUGUAGAUAUUGCCCACUGUCUGUUCUUGAAAUUAAGUGAUCAAUAUGAAGUGUUUAGAAAUAAGUUAGAUUCACGUCGAUUUACGCGCUUUACUGAGGUAACUGCUUUGCCAACUAACACCAAGAACAAUGAACCCCACUGGCGCCCAAACCGCCCAGCACUAGUUGUCAGUAGUUGCAGCUGGACACCUGAUGAUGACUUUAUGCUGGCAAUCAAAGCGCUGGAAAUCUACGACAAGGCAGCCCAAAAACCUAAUUCAGGUCUACCCAGUAUUGUGUUAGCUGUAACAGGUCGUGGCCCAUUACAAGGCUACUAUAAAAAAUUAAUAAAGGAACAAAACUGGAAACAUGUGGAAGUUAUUAUGUUGUGGCUUGAAUGGUCAGAUUAUCCAGUGUUUCUUGGGUGUGCUGACUUGGGACUGAGUAUACACCGAAGUUCCUCUGGACUGGAUUUACCCAUGAAAGUGGUUGAUUUAUUUGGUGUGAACGUGCCCGUUUUGGCACUAGGCUAUGCAACACUAUACGAACUGAUGGAAGAAAAUAAAUAUGGCUUAUGUUUCGAAACUGCCGAACAACUAGCUAAUCAAAUGUGCGACUUGUUAAAACCAUCCUGUGAUUCUACAGUCCAAUAUAUUAAUGAACCUAGCCGCUUUUUAUCAGUUGGAUCAAAGGAACUAAUUCGUUUUCGUGAGCGUUUAACUGAAAGAAACAAAAACCUGAUUGGAGGAUUCACUUACUGGAAAAAUACUGCAUUGCCAGUUUACGAAAGAGCAGUUCAUAUGAAUCUUUGUAAAAACAAGGAUAGUUAG